GGGUUUGGUUGGUCGGUUCGCUGUGAGUUUCUCGGAGUUACGCUUGCCUUUCCGAGUUGAGCUCGCGUGGAUUGUAUUUUUGUGCAAAGACUGAGUGUCGUGACUUAAAAACUAUUCGACAAUGUCGUCCAAAACAAAAAAGACUGUGACAUCCUCGUCAAACAUAAGUGUUGUGUCAUCCGUUCAGAGCCCACAACAAUCGAGCACUCCUGUUGGAAGCCGCCCUUCUAGCUCUGCCGGCCGGCCCAGCAGCCCGCUUAGUCCUACAAGACACACCCGCUUACAAGAAAAAGAUGCGUUACAAAACUUGAACGAUCGUCUGGCGGCCUAUAUUGACAAGGUCCGCCAGCUUGAAAGCGAAAAUUCGGGAUUACGUCGAGAGAUCCAAACUACACAGGAGGUGGUCACACGUGAAGUUUCUAACAUCAAGGGGAUGUACGAGCAUGAGCUACAAGAUGCUAGAAAGUUGUUAGACGAUACAUCCAGAGAAAAAGCAAAGUUAGAGAUUGAUUUGAAGAGAUUGUACGAAGAAAACGACGACCUUAAGAAGCGCUUGGACAAGAAGACCAAAGACUGCACCCAGGCGGAGAACUUGGCCCGUCACUACGAGACCCGCUUCACUGAGGAGAGCAACAAGUACAACUCGGCCCUCGCCGACAAGAAGAAGGCCCAAGAUGAAGCCAGGGAACUCGCCAAAGAGUUGGAGAAGCUCCGCAAAGUGUACGCGGACACCCGCAAGACCCUGGAGGAGGAGAUGCUGUGCCGCAUCGACAUGGAGAACACCGUGCAGAGCCUGCGCGAGGAGCUCUCCUUCAAGGACCAGGUGUUCCAGCAGGAGCUGCAGGAAACCCGCACCCGCCGCCAGGUCGAGAUCUCGGAGAUCGAUGGACGGCUGGCGCAGCAGUAUGAGGCCAAGCUUCAGCAAAGCCUCCAGGAGUUGCGCGAGCAGCAGGAGGCCAACAUCAAGGCCAACCGCGAGGACAUCGAGGCCAUGUAUGAGAACAAGAUGAAGAACCUGCACGCUGCCGCCAACCGCAACAGCAACGCCGCCACCGUGGCAGUAGAAGAGCUCCGCACCAUGCGCACACGCAUCGACUCACUCAACUCUACGCUCAAUGACCUGGAGAAUAAGAACGCCGCGCUCAGCAACCGUUGCCGCGAGCUGGAGCGUCAGCUGGAGUCGGAGCGCGCUCGGCACGCCGAGGACCUGGCCUCCCUGGAGCAGGAGCUGGCGCGUCUGCGGGACGAGAUGGCCGCGCAGCUGCGCGAGUACGCCACGCUCAUGGACAUCAAGAUCUCGCUCGACCACGAGAUUGCCACCUACAGGACGCUGCUCGAGGGCGAGGAGGACAGGCUGAACUUGACGUCGCAGUCGCCGGGCCGUAGCGAGUCACGCGCGUCAGCCUCUGGCGCCAGCGCGAGCGGGCGCGGCACGCCGGGCCGCCGCGCCACGCCGCUGCGCGCCGCGCGCAAGCGCACGCUGCUCGACGAGAGCGAGGAGCGCAGCCUGUCCGACUACAGCGUCACCUCCAGCGCCAAGGGCGACCUAGAGGUCGCCGAGGCCUGCCCCGAGGGCAAAUUCGUCAAGAUCCGCAACAAGGGCAAGAAGGAGCACAGCCUGAGCGGCUACCAGGUGGUCCGCAAGGCGGGCGAGCAGGAGACCAUCUUCAAGUUCCACCGCACCGUGAAGCUGGAGCCGGGCGCCGUGGCCACGGUGUGGUCGGCCGACACGGGCGCCGAGCACGACCCGCCGCGCGACAUCGUCAUGAAGGGCCAGAAGUGGUUCGUCGCCGACAACUUCACCACCGCGCUGCUCAACAAUGAACAGGAGGAGGUCGCCAUCUCGGAGCGCCAGCGGAGGCAGGUCAGCACGAGCGCGCAGCGACACCGCGAGCUGGCGCACAAGUUCCCCCGCCGCGAGCAGCUGGGCGAGAUCCGCGAGGGUGACGAGAACUGCCGCAUCAUGUAACGGACUCUCGGCCGCCAGGUGCCUCCCCACCUCUUACGCAAUAGGAUUCCUUGCAGCCCGACACACGACUCACGUGGCCGUGGCCUAAAUUGGGCUUUUCUUGUGCAAAAAGUUAAAGUGCAGCCACCUACCUACCCGCGGCUCACCCCCGUACGGUAUAAACGUGAGCACGACUUAGACCACGGCCAAAGUAUUUCAAAAAUGUUCACGGGACGAUUGCUAGAACUUGACUGGCUUGAAUUAAUAAUGUGUGAGCUUUAGGGAAUUGAUUUUAGUUUGAAACAAUCAUUAUUUUGAUGUCAAAUGACAUGUUUUUUUAUGAGUAAAUAAUUUAAUGUAAAAGUACAGGCUUUUGGUACGAUUUGUGGUGCUUUAGAAAUAAAGUUACGUCCCGUUACUUACUUUAAAGCUGGUUUGAGCACUGAUAAAAUUUACCAGAUAGGCUUGUUAGAUUGACUGAAGUCAAGUGCAAGAAAUAGCACUUAAUACAGCAUUAUAUCUCCGAUUUUGUAAUAGAAAUGAACGGCUAGUCUUAAAUGGCCUGUUAGUUGAGUAGCUGACCACUGCCGUUUUAGUGUAAUGGCACCCGUGAACAGAGUACAAACAUUGUGGUUCACAUUAUUGGUAAGUAUAGCAACAACUUUAAUGAGCAUUGAAUUAAUUCCUUCACAAUGCCGCUGACAUGAAAUGUUAUUGUUAUAAUUAUAAUAGUUGUGCGUCGACAUCCGCCUGCCCGGCGCUGCGUUGACUGGGGAUCUCUUCUAAAUGUCACUCAAGUCUAGAUUUUGUAUUGUUGUCCAAGAAAUAAAACUGUUACGUAGUAAAAAAUGUGUGUGUCGUGGAACACUCGUUUUAAACGAAGAAUAUGAUUGAUUAGACAUGUUACCGAUUAACAAAUACAAAAAAAAUAUCGACUCUGCUCACAAAAUUUCACAAAUCAGUUCAAAAAUGCGACUCACAGGCAGGGAGAACAACUAAACAUAAGAAAACAUUGUUGAAUUGUUGUACAAGCUAAAACUGAUACGCCCGCGCUUCACACUCGUUAAGCAAUCAAAAAUUUGAUAGUCAGCAAACGAGCAGACAAAUUCAAGUCCAUAACUGCUAUCAAAGAUCCCCACUCAAAGUAUCGCCUUCCCAGUGGCGCUUAAUUUUUUACUUUUCUUUUUAAGUGAGACUUUUGUAUGUUAAUCAUCAUUUUGUGUUUGCCAUAAAUCCCAAACCUAUUUUUAAAAGAUUCGAUGCUCAUUUUAACGUUUUUGUCAGGAAUUAUAAAAUUUAGUUUCUAUAAAUGUCAUUUUUAAUUCUUAAGAAAUUGUCUUCUUGUGUAGGAGAAUAGAUUUUCAUUACUUAGAUAAUAUAUUGUAAUCAUUAAUGAUUUUAUCAAGAGGGGGAGAUACAAGAGUUGUCACGCUAGUCUUAAAAAAUCAAUGUGUUUUUUUUUACAAUUUUUGUCACUAAUCUGCAAAUGACUGUUGUAUCUUUCCAGAUGUGACUAACUGAAUCACGUAAUAUUUUUUAAUAUAGGUAAAACAAAAGUAUACAAUAAGUUGCGUGCAUUUAGAUUAACGCCAACACGGAAACAAAGUAUAGGUACAGUCGACUAAGUAGAUUAUACUAAUGCACUAGUUGGUAAUUAAUUUAUCGAUAAUCAAACGUGUCGGCGUAUAUCAAACUCGCUAAGUUUGAAAAUUAAGAACUAAAUCAACUUAUAUACCAUAAUAUGUACUAGUACCAAGUUUCGAUGCAAUUUUUAUAUGCGUCGACACAAACCUAGAGUGAAGUAGAUUAAAUCUACACGAUUGUUGCAACUCCUACAGCAUUUGUGUUAUUAAAUCAGUGUAAUGAAUCUUUCUAUGUCUGAGUAAUUUGUUAAGUCCAGUAUUUUGUUCACAUUCAAUGCUAUUUUACACUAAAGUAAUAUAGGUGCAAGUCUCAAAUGGAAGGUUCUCAUGUAAAAUAUUACGAAACAGUCUCUUUUCACAUUGAUGGCAAUUGGAAAAUAUUACGGAAAAAAAUGUUCAACAUAUUUUUUAUUGAGAGGAUUGAAUCUGAUUCAUUUUCAUAUUCACUUUGUUAUUAAAUAAUCAUGAGACCCUUAACUUUGACCGUUUAUAUCUUCCAUGUGUAAAAUACACAUUAUUUGAAAUAAAGAUAUAUUUAGGUUUA